UGUGGAGGAAAGAGCCCCCGGACAGGGACACAAACAAGGGGUUUCUAGCCCCCCUCUGCCACUGAUGAGCCCCCGCCUCCCAAGCUCGGGGCUUCAUCUCCUUGGAACCAGAGGAAGGCAUCGGUGGUUCCUCGGUGUCUCCCAAUUCAGGGCAGCUGGAGGUUCCUGCCACCAUCCAGAGCCUCCAGCUGUGCCAUGCAGCAAACCCUCUCCCACAACCUGUCAAACCAGAGAUGCCAGUUUCCCUGAGGCUCCCAGCAGCUCCCGCCCCUAUCUUGUACCAGGCAGAGCCUCUGCAGACUCGGCGGGCAGUGCCCGUGGCCUGUGCCCCGUACACCUGCUUAUUGAUAACCGCGUGUCUGCGUGAACCUUGGGCCAGAGCCCUUUGGUUUGAACUUGCCUUGUUUCGAGAGGCUGACACGUGAGAAAAUUACAAGCAGAGGAGAGGAGUGGUACCUUAUGACAAGAGGCAGCUGUGAAGACAGGGGCAGGCUCGUGCCCAGGGCACACAGACCUCACUGACGGAAGGCAAAGACCACCACCUCCAUCCCACCUGCCUUUCCAGCUGCCCCAGCCACCGAUCCCUCCUUCCUAAGGGGGUCCUGCAACUCCCCAGUGCUACACAUUGGAAUGGACUUCGGACCCUGGCUUCUUGGGGUGCAAAGGAUGAAGUGACCUCCCCGCUACGUUUGAGGCACCUGUAGGACCUGCCACAAGAGUUUGGGACCAAGGAGCGCAGAAUGGAUCUCGGAACAGCUGAAGGCACCCGGUGCCCUGACCCACCUGCAGGAAAGCCCGCGAUGGCGGCCAAGCGCAAAGGUGGCCUGAAGCUCAACGCCAUCUGUGCCAAGCUGAGCCGCCAGGUGGUGGUGGAGAAGGGCGCAGAGGCCGGCUCCCAGGCCGAGGGCAGCCCCCUGCGGCCCCGAGACAAGGAGCGCAGUGGUCCCGAGUCGGGGGUGGCUCGGGCCCCCCGCAGCGAAGAAGACAAGAGGCGGGCGGUGAUCGAAAAGUGGGUCAACGGGGAGUACAGCGAGGAGCCAGCACCCGUGCCCCUGUUGGGGCGAAUCCCCCGAGAGGGCCUGGAGCUGCCACCUGAGGGUGUCUACAUGGUCCAGCCUCAGGCCUGCAGCGAUGAGGAAGACCAUGCAGAAGAGCCCUCCAAAGAGGGGGGUGGCCUCGAGGAGAAGGACUCAGAUGGGGCAGCCUCAAAGGACGACAGUGGCCCCAGUGCCAAGCAGGCCUCAGGAGAGGCCUCCUCACUGCGGGACUAUGCAGCCUCCACCAUGACCGAGUUCCUUGGCAUGUUUGGCUAUGAUGACCAGAACACAAGGGACGAGCUGGCCAGGAAGAUCAGCUUCGAGAAGUUGCAUGCAGGCUCCACCCCCGAGGCGGCCACUUCCUCCAUGCUGCCCACCGCAGAGGACGCCCUCAGCAAGCGGGCACGGUUCUCCAAGUACGAGGAGUACAUCCGCAAGCUCAAGGCCGGGGAGCAGCUCUCCUGGCCAGCCCACAGCACCAAGACGGAGGAGCGGGCGGGCAAGGAGGUGGUGGGUCCCCUGCCCAGCCUGCGGUUGCCUAGCAACACCACCCACCUGGAGACCAAGGCCACCAUCCUGCCCCUGCCAUCACACAGCAGCGUCCAGAUGCAGAACCUAGUAGCCCGUGCCUCCAAGUACGACUUCUUCAUCCAAAAGCUGAAGACGGGCGAGAACCUGCGGCCCCAGAACGGGAGCACCUACAAGAAGCCAUCCAAGUAUGACCUGGAGAACGUCAAGUACUUGCACCUCUUCAAACCCGGGGAGGGCAGCCCUGACAUGGGCGGGGCCAUCGCCUUCAAGACAGGCAAGGUGGGGCGCCCCUCCAAGUAUGAUGUCCGGGGCAUCCAGAAGCCCGGCCCUGCCAAGGUUCCGCCCACCCCCAGCCUGGCUCCUGCACCCCUCGCCAGUGUGCCCAGCGCUCCUAGUGCCCCCGGGCCGGGGCCCGAGCCACCCGCCUCACUGUCCUUCAACGCUCCCGAGUACCUUAAGUCUACCUUCUCCAAAACAGACUCCAUCACCACGGGGACCGUCUCCACCGUCAAGAAUGGAUUGCCCACAGAUAAACCAGCUGUCACCGAAGAUGUAAACAUUUACCAGAAAUAUAUUGCCAGGUUCUCAGGAAGUCAGCACUGCGGCCACAUCCACUGCGCCUACCAGUACCGCGAGCACUACCACUGCCUAGACCCCGAGUGCAACUACCAGAGGUUCACGAGUAAGCAGGAUGUGAUCCGGCACUACAACAUGCACAAGAAGCGCGACAACUCCCUGCAGCACGGCUUCAUGCGCUUCAGCCCCCUGGACGACUGCAGCGUCUACUACCACGGCUGCCACCUCAAUGGAAAGAGCACCCACUACCACUGCAUGCAGGUGGGCUGUAACAAGGUGUACACAAGCACGUCCGACGUGAUGACGCACGAGAACUUCCACAAGAAAAAUACACAGCUCAUCAACGAUGGCUUCCAGCGCUUCCGAGCCACCGAGGACUGCGGCACGGCUGACUGCCAGUUCUACGGACAGAAAACCACGCACUUCCACUGCAGGCGCCCCGGCUGCACAUUCACCUUCAAGAACAAGUGUGACAUCGAGAAGCACAAGAGCUACCACAUCAAGGACGACGCCUAUGCCAAGGACGGCUUCAAGAAGUUCUACAAGUACGAGGAGUGCAAGUACGAGGGCUGCGUGUACAGCAAGGCCACCAACCACUUCCACUGCAUCCGCGCCGGCUGCGGCUUCACCUUCACCUCCACCAGCCAGAUGACCUCCCACAAGCGCAAGCACGAGCGCCGCCACGUCCGCUCCUCCGGCGUGCUGGGGCUGCCGCCCUCGCUGCUGGGCGCCAAGGACACGGAGCACGAGGAGUCCAGCAACGACGACCUGGUUGACUUCUCUGCCCUGAGCAGCAAGAACUCCAGCCUCAGCGCCUCCCCCACCAGCCAGCAGUCCUCCGCGUCCCUGGCUGCCGCCGCCGCCGCCGCCGCCACCGCCACCACCGCCACCGAGGCCAUGCCCAGCGCCACCAAGCCUCCCAACAGCAAGGUCUCGGGGCUGCUGCCCCAGGGCCUGCCUGGCUCCAUCCCACUGGCCCUGGCCCUCUCCAACUCUGGGCUGCCCACCACCGCGCCCUAUUUCCCCCUGCUUCCUGGAAGGGGGAGCACUUCCCUGCCCGUGGGUGCCCCCGGCCUCCUGGGUGCCAUGUCAUCAGGGGCAGCGGCCUCGGCAGCCCCUGACACGCCUGCUCUGGUGGCCUCCGGAGCUGGAGAUUCGGCCCCGGUAGCUGCCACCUCUGUGCCAGUGGCCCCUGCCUCCAUCAUGGAGAGGAUCUCUGCAAGCAAAGGCCUCAUCUCGCCCAUGAUGGCCAGACUGGCUGCGGCCGCCCUCAAGCCCUCUGCCACCUUUGACUCAGGAAGUGGGCAGCCGGCCGCCCCCGCCAGGUUCCCCCCAGCCCAGGUGAAGCAGGAGCCCUGCAGCGGGGACAGCGCUGGUGCCCCGGGCCCACACGAGGCUGCCCAGGACCGCAGUCUUGACCUGACUGUGAAGGAGCCCAGUAAUGAAUCAAAUGGCCACGCAGUCCCAGCCAAUUCAUCUCUUUUAUCCUCGCUUAUGAAUAAGAUGUCUCAGGGCAACCCCGGGCUCGGCGGCCUGCUGAACAUCAAGGUGGAAGCAGAUGGGAGCCCCACGGUGGAGCCCUCGCCCUUCCUGGGCAAGGCCAUGAAGGCGCUGGUUCAGGAGAAGCUGUCGGAGCCCUGGAAGGCGUACCUCCGCAGGUUCGGUACCAAGGACUUCUGUGACGCCCAGUGUGACUUUCUGCACAAGGCCCACUUCCACUGUGUGGUGGAGGAGUGUGGCGCGCUCUUCAGCACCCUGGACGGGGCCAUCAAGCACGCAAACUUCCACUUCCGGACAGAGGGAGGAGCAGCGAAAGGCAAUGCAGAGGCUUCUUUCCCAGCCUCUGCCGCCGAGACCAAGCCUCCCCUGGCACCCGCGUCCCCUCCGGCACCCACUGGCACCACAGUCCCGGGGUCUUCUUUGGAAGGGCCCACUCCCAACUCGGCCUCGGUGCCCUCCACCCCCACCCUGCUCGCCUGGAAGCAGCUGGCUUCCGCCAUACCCCAGAUGCCUCAGAUGCCCGCGUCAGUGCCUCACCUGCCCGCCUCACCCUUGGCGACGACUUCUCUAGAGAACGCCAAGCCCCAGGUCAAACCCGGAUUCCUCCAGUUCCAGGAGAAUGAUCCUUGCCUCGCCACGGACUGCAAGUACGCCAACAAGUUCCACUUCCAUUGUCUCUUUGGGAACUGCAAGUAUGUCUGCAAGACCUCCGGCAAGGCUGAGUCCCACUGCCUGGACCACAUCAACCCCAACAACAGCCUGGUGAACGUGCGAGACCAGUUCGCUUACUAUUCCCUGCAGUGUCUCUGUCCCAACCAGCACUGCGAGUUCCGGAUGCGCGGGCACUACCAUUGCCUCCGGACCGGCUGCUAUUUUGUGACCAACAUCACCACCAAGCUGCCGUGGCACAUAAAGAAGCAUGAGAAGGCUGAGCGGCGGGCGGCCAAUGGGUUCAAGUACUUCACCAAGCGCGAGGAGUGUGGCCGGCUAGGCUGCAAGUACAACCAGGUGAACAGCCACUUCCACUGCAUCCGGGAGGGCUGCCAGUUCUCCUUCCUGCUCAAGCACCAGAUGACCUCCCACGCGCGGAAGCACAUGCGGAGGAUGCUGGGGAAGAACUUCGACCGCGCGCCCCCGGCCCAGGGCCCGCCAAGCCUGAUGGACGCCGAGACGGAUGAGGGCAUGGACUACACGGGCUGCAGCCCGGGCGCCGCCUCCUCCGAGUCGUCCACCAUGGACCGGAGCUGCUCCAGCACGCCGGUGGGCAACGAGAGCACAGCGGCAGGCUGCCCGGCUCCUCCUCCUCCUCCUCUUCCUCCUCCUGCUGCCGCUGGUGACGAGGCUGCCCGCGGGGCCCCGCAGCCCCCCCUGGCUCCGUCCUUCCCCCCGGCCGUGCUGCGGCCGGCCCUCCCCACCCUCCCAUGCCUCUUCUCUCCGUCCUGUCUCUCAUACUCUCUGCUCGGUGCCAGCCUGGGAGCCAGCCGGGGCCUGGCCCACCCCAUCAGCAGCCCGCCCAGCUUCCCGCCCAUCACUGCCAGUCCAACUCCAGUAAAAAGUGACGUCCCCCUAGUUCAGGACGCCGCAGGGAACACCAUCUCCAUGCCCACCGCCUCAGGGGCCAAAAAGCGCUUCUGGAUCAUCGAGGACAUGUCGCCCUUUGGCAAGCGGCGGAAGACGGCCUCCUCACGCAAGAUGCUGGACGAGGGCAUGAUGCUGGAGGGCUUCCGGCGCUUCGACCUCUACGAAGACUGCAGGGACACGGCCUGCCAAUUCUCGCUCAAGGUCACGCACUACCACUGCACGCGGGAGAACUGCGGCUACAAAUUCUGCGGGCGCACGCACAUGUACAAGCACGCGCAGCACCACGACCGCGUGGACAACCUGGUGCUGGACGACUUCAAACGCUUCAAGGCCUCGCUCAGCUGCCACUUCGCCGACUGCCCGUUCUCGGGCACCAGCACGCACUUCCACUGCCUGCGCUGCCGCUUCCGCUGCACCGACAGCACCAAGGUCACGGCGCACCGCAAGCACCACGGCAAGCAGGACGUGAUCAGCGCCGCGGGCUUCUGCCAGUUCAGCUCGAGCGCCGACUGCGCGGUGCCCGACUGCAAGUACAAGCUCAAGUGCUCGCACUUCCACUGCACCUUCCCCGGCUGCCGCCACACGGUGGUGGGCAUGUCGCAGAUGGACUCGCACAAGCGCAAGCACGAGAAGCAGGAGCGCGGGGAGCCGCCCGCAGCCUCGCCCUCGCCCUCACCCUCCCCGGGGGGCCUGGAGGGGGCGCUGGCGCUGGGCGCCGAGCCCGGGGGGUCCCUGCUCUUCCUGCAGUCAGCGGCCGCCGCCGGCCUGGGCCUGGCGCUAGGUGACGCGUGUGACCCCGGCCCGCCCGCCGCCACAGCUGCAGCCCCCGGCCCGAAGGAGGGGCCCGCUGGGCCUGGCCCAGCCGGCGCUGGCAUCCAGGCCACGGGGGAGUCCUCCCAGGAGGACGAGGAGGAGGAGCUGGAGCUGCAGGAGGAGGAGGCCGAGGAUGACGACGACGAGGACGACAACGAGGAUGACGAGGAUGAGGACGAGGAUGAAGACGAGGAGGACGAGGACCUGCGCACCGACUCGGAGGAGUCCCUGCCGGAGGCUGGGGCUGAGACCCCGGCCCUGGCCGCCCUGGGCACCCCAGGGCCAGCGCCUGCCGCUGCCUCGCCCUAGGUCACACGGUCGCCCUGCCGUCUGUGUCUGUGACGCUGCCCUCUGUACAGAGCCCCCCGCCCACCCGCUUGUCCGGACCUGGGAGGGGAGGUACCCGCGCCCCGCCGGUGCUUCUGGACCCCGAGUCCGUCUCAGGACAGAGGCGGGGACCCCUGGUGCUCCGGGCCAGACGCACAGCUCAGCGGCUGGAAGCCUAGGCCGCCCGAGGACCCUGCAUGGCUGCAGUCGGGGAUCUUCAGGGAAAGCGCAGGUGCUCCCGUCAGGGGACCCCAUAGUCAGCACCACACCGCGCAGGCCAGACUGUCCACUGCUCAGGACCCAGGGCUGCCGGGGACACCUAGGAACCCGCCCCGUUGCUGGGGCAGCCAGCACCUGCAGCCUCCAGCAGGGGCCCCCAACCAAGUGCAGCUAAGAUGCCCCUUUACCCAGGGCAGGGUGGGCAGGAGGUGGCCAGCGUGGGUGACACUGCAGGGACGUGGAGGGAAUCCUGGAAUCAGCCCGCCCCAGGGCCCAGCUGCCGCACUGUCCCCUCCCCUGGGCUGGGGUCAGGUCUGUGCAGUUUUCCAGUCACCCCCAAAGCGGAAGCUGUGUCCCCGCGACCUGGGGCCGAGGUCUCAGCCAGCCUGGUGGUGCAGACCAGAAAGAUGUGGCUGUUUUGGCUUUAAUAUUCAGAAUGGGAAAAGAUACCAGAAAGCUGUACAGUAUUUUCCUGCAAAGGUUAUUAUUCUCCAUAGAACAAAAAGAGUAAACAGCAGGCGGGCGCGGCGGGCCACCUCCGGACCAGCCCGGGGUUGGGGAGCCGAGUGCAAUGUCCCCGCGGGGUUGUGGGUGGCGCUGAUUUCGAGGCCUUAGCGGUCUGAGGCCAUCUGUCUUCACACUAGCACUGAUGGAGCCGCACGACCCCGCUUCUAACUUGAAUUUUGUAGAGACAAGAAAAACAGACUCUUACUGUUGAUCCAAGUUCGUAAUUAAUUUAACAUUUGAGUUUCCUCUCAGUUCUGUGUGGCUUUGUAGGGCGCUCUCCUCGUUCCAGUUUGUUUUGUUUGGGGUGCUUCUUUGCUGGUGCAGCCCACCCAGACCUGGUCCCCUUUUCAAAAUCUCUCUUCCUGGGGUGGCGGGGCCUUCCGAGCCUCACACAGGCUUACCUGCAGGUGCACCGGGCGGGGCCACAGGCCAGGCCAGGGCUGUCACCAGAGGCGCCUGGCCGGAGCUCUCCAGGGAUCCUGCUAGCAGGGCAUGGCUUUCUUUCCUUUUUUUUUUUUUUUUUUUUUUCUUUAGGGUCUUGCUUUGUAGUUCAGGCUGGCCUUGAACUCACUGUGUAGUCUAGGCUGGCCUUGAAUUUGCAGCGAUCCCUCCUGCCUCAGCCUCCCUUUCCUUUUUUAUCUUUGGUGUGUGUGUGUGUGUGUAUCCCCUCUGCCACCCACAGCCAGAAAGCCAGGCCCAUCCCAACUGGAGAGGAGUAGGAAGGGCAGGAGGAGUGGUCAUAGUGUACUGAGUUCAACAGGAAGUAGGCUGAGUCCCACGCCCUCCCCAGAGCCCCCCGAGUUCUGUGGGUGCCCGUGCUGCUGCGGAGCGGGGCGCAGGCUCCACACUCCCAUGGGACCCUGUGUCUGUGGAAGGAGUUUUGUAAAGGAAAAAUAAAGUUUUUCAAUGUAGCAGCAUAAAACCAAGAAAAAAAAAAAAGAGAGGACGCGGACAGCGCCCAGUCCGGCCUCUGUCCCCUUCACAUUGCACACUAGGACUAUAAGCCAUUGCUAGCUCAUUUGGGAUUUUAAUGUGUAAUUUUAUUUUCUUUCUGUGGGGAAAACGAUGCUUGAUCCACCGAUGCUCUUUUUAAUGUUUUAUAACUAUGUAUGUGUAUAUAUAUAAAUAUAAAAUAAUAUGUAUGCACAUAUGUGUGUAUAUAUCUAUAUGUAUAUACAUAUAUAGAUAUAUAGAGAUAUAUAGAGAGGUUUUGAGACAAAAAAAAAAUGCAGACCGUGAAACCGAACUGAACAGCGUGUGCUCUGAUUACUUGAAUCUGGUCUCCUCGGCACCUGGUUAUUAAGAACUGAAUAUUUUUCCACUUGAAUUUAGUGCUAUUAGAAAUUUAAUAUAUGUGUUUUAUUUA